AUGGGAAUCUGUUCAGCUAAACCAUAAUAGAAUCUAAAAAUUAUACAAUAUCAUGAAAAAUAAUCAAAAUAAUCUCCUCAAAAUGAAUAAUCAUUGGAUAUUUAAAGACUUGUUAAAUCAGAAAGAAGCAUUAAAACCAUUAAACCAACUGCUCUUUCUCCAAAGUAAGUAUUAUCUAAGUUUGCUGUUUCCCCUUCUACUAGAUAAGUUAAACAUAUGGUUUGGGCUGAUUAAAUAGUUGAAAAUUCAAAUUUUCGUGGAACACUCAAAACUUGGGUAUCAAUAAAAAAUACAUAAUUUUCAAAAUACUACACUAUGUUAAAUAAAGACCAAUUCCAUUAUAAAAUAAAAUAGAAUGAUCAUAUAGUUGUACUCUAACAUAAUCUCAGUGGUAGAAUUAUGGUGGCUGAAAUGAUAAAAAAAACUCAAUAAGGAAAUUAAUUCAUAGAAUCUAUAAUCUAAACUUAAUUAGUAUAUAUAAUUAAUCCUAAUUUAGAAUCAUCCUAAUUUAAUAAGAAUUUUCGAAAUAUUUUAGGAUAGUAAUAAUUAUCAAAUUAUACAUGAUUUUUGUAAUGGAACAUUAUUAUCCUAAAAUCUACAUAAUUCAGUCUACACUUAAUAAUAAGCAGCUUUAAUUUUGAAAUAAAUAAUAGAUGUUAUCAAAUAUCUUCAUCAAUAUGAUGUAAAUCAUGGAGCAUUAACACUGGCUUCUUUCUAGAAAUGUAAUUAAUCAAAUUCUAACUUUAUUAAAUUAGUUGAUUUUAAACCUAUUUACUUAAAAUCCUAUAUUUAAGAAAAAGAAAUUUAUUAAUACAUGUCACCUGAAUCUAUCAAAUUUCCUGAAUUUUAUACAAUUGAAAGAGAUAUUUGGAGUAUAGGAAUUAUACUUUUUUAAAUGUUGACUGGUGAAUUCCCAUUUAAAGGUAAUAAUAAAGAAGAAGUAUUUGAAGAGAUAAGAAAAUAUUCAUUAUCAUACGAAUUCAAUAAUUAAUGUUUACCAUUUGAAUCUGUAGAUAUUAUUAAAAGAUUUCUCUAACUUGAUCCUUCAAAAAGAAUUAUGUUAAAUGAAGCCUUAAAUGAAAAUUGGUUAAAACACUUUAUUGAGAAUUAAUAUGAAGAAUAGGAAUAAAUAGUAAAGUAAUUAGAAAAUAAUCAUGAAUACAAUUUUCUUUAGUGUUGCUUUUUAUAGUUUAUGAUUUCCACUUUUUCAUCUGAUUAAGAGUAAUUUUUUUAUUAACUUUUUUGUUAAUUUGAUAUUAAUCAUGAUGGUAAAAUAAGCAAACAAGAUCUUACUACAGCUUAUAUUAGAUAUUUCAAUAGUAUUUAAUAGGUUAAAGAACAUGUAGAUAAAGUCUUUAAAGGAAUUGAUAUUAAUAAAAAUGGUGAAAUAGAUUUUUAAGAAUUUUUGAUUGGAGUAAUGAAUAAAAAUACAUUAAUUACAGAAGACAAUUUAAAAGAAGCAUUUAAAUUACUUUCAGAUAUAGAAGGAUUCAUUUCAUUAUCUAAAAUGUGUUCUUUAUAUCAUAAUAAAAAAUAAUAGUUGAAAUAAUCAUUUUGUGCUUAUGAAAAUAAUUAAGUAAAUAUUAUAAUGACUUAUAUUUAGAUUAAUUUCAAGCAAUUUCAACAAUUGAUGUUUGAUACACUUUGA